AUGCCAUCUUCGACAUUGAGUCUCCGCCCAAACCUGUCCGGGGUCGGCUUUUACAUAACGCUCGGAGCCGCGGCUUUCUCGGCCGGACUCAUCGCUGCCCACUUCUUACGACAACCCUCUCGGAGAGCGCAAUGCAUCAAAUCUCCGCGCAAGACCCAUCCUUCGAUCCUAUCAAACGCCGAAAUUGCCGCGCUUCCUUACCCGCCCGAUGUGUUUCCCGGCGGCCGUGACGUUGAGACUCCCUACGGAUGCAUCAAGGUAUUCGAAUGGGGCCCCGAGGAUGGCGAGAAAGUCCUCCUGCUGCACGGUAUUAGCACCCCGUGUCUGGCGCUGGGGACCUUGGCCGAAGCACUCGUGAGCAAGGGAUACAGGGUAAUGCUCUUUGAUCUCUUCGGGCGAGGGUAUUCCGACACGCCCGUGGACGUUCCCUACGACAUGCGCCUCUACACGACGCAAAUCCUCCUCGCCCUGGCAUCCUCACGCCUGUCGUGGACUGGCGCCGACGGGUUCCACUUGGUCGGUUACUCGCUAGGGGGCGCCCUCGCGGUGCCUUUUGCGCGCUAUUUCCCGCACAUGGUCCGGUCUCUGGUCGUCGUGGCCGGCGGUGGGCUGAUUCGAUCCGAGCAUGUGAGCUGGAAGACCAGGCUGUUGUAUUCGACCGGCUUCUUGCCAGAUCGGGUCCUCCAGUCGCUGGUUCGGAGGCGUCUUUCGCCCACCAAGCAGGAUGGAGACGCAGGAGUUAGUGAGACGAAAAUGGCUAGUGAGGUGGUUGAUAGCAGCAGCACUAAGAAGAAGAAGAAGCACAAAGACAGUGAUGCUAGCGGUGGGGAAGGCUUUGAUAAUGCGGUUUUGCUGGCGCGCAGGCCGGGUCAUACGGUUUCUUCGGUUAUGGCCUGGCAGUUGAGGCAUCACGAAGGGUUUAUCCCUGCCUUUGUGAGCAGCAUACGGUAUGCGCCUAUCUACGAUCAGAAGGAGGAGUGGUCCGCCCUGGGACAAUUGCUCGCCGAGAGAAGGGAACGGGUCGGUUGGGAGGAUGCGACGGACGACUUGCCGGGCUUGCGGGGAGGCAAGAUACUUUUUGUCUUAGGGGCGACGGAUCCCGUAAUUGUCAAGGAGGAGCUCAUACAUGAUGCCACGGCGGUUCUGGGUGAGGACGGGUUUGAGGCGGUAGUGCUAGACUGCGGCCACGAAUUGGUCAUGAGCAAGGGGAGCGAGGUGGCCGAUGUUGUGGCUGGUUUUUGGAGACGCUUGUGA